AUGCCUGGAGCAACUUGGGCAUACCUUUUAGAAUUAGAGUUAGGAGAAUACCAGAAAACUCUAAAUAUGAUUCUAGAAAAAGACCCCACACAUAUCUAUGGAUUCUAUGAUGUGGUUAAAUAUAAUAUAGAGCGCCUUGAAGGCACUAUAGAAUGGGCAUCACAAACCCAAACAUAUGAUGAAAACGACGUUAGAAGUUUUCAAAAAUGUCUCCAAAGAGACUUAAAUCUCUCAAGGAUUCAAAAGAUCCUCGAAAGAUUACCUUCCGCAAAUGCAGCUACCUCUGCAGAAAACUCUGGUAUCAGAGCACCAACAAAAGUGCAGCUAGAAUAUCAUAUUUUGAACAAUAAAUUUUCAUUAACUUUGAUUGGAUUGUCUAAUGAUCAAUCCCAUGGUGAUGACGCAACCUUAGUAUUGGAUGGAGUUGAAGAACUUGAAGCUGUUGAAGAACUUGAAGAUGGUGGUGAAAAUAAAGCUCAACAUGUUGGUCAAGAUGAACCUGUUGCAGACCAUGUACAUGUUGGUCAAGAACCAAUUGAAUGGAAUAAAACCGUUUCCAAAUCGAUGGUUAAUCUUUCCAAGAAACAAGUUUUGCACUUUCCAAAUGCUUUGUCAAGAGGUGUCCUUUCAAGAGCAACCCAUCUUCAACUAAUGCCGGAAGAUAUGGCUUUUCAUUACUGAUGCAUUGUUCAUACUUCUAAAAGAUCAAAAUAUAUUGGAGCAUUCGAAAAGCAUAUUACAGAAGGAUGGAUGAAUUGGAAGGAGAACUUGAAGAGCUAGAGGGUGCUGAAUUGGAAGAACAGCUUGUUCAGCCUGCAACUACAGCUCCAGCAGCAGUGCAUACUCCAUCUGGGCGACAACCUACUCGCCCUUUGUCUGUGAAGCCCACAAGUGAAGAAGAUGAAUUGGCAGCUUUGCAGCCUGAGAUGGCACUUUGAGCAGGUUCCAUUUCUCAUCCACUACACUAUUAUUUACUCAAUGAAUGCCUUGAUCUGUUUUGGUUGGAUUAGUAUUUCAAUCAAGGCUUAAAUAUCAUAUUUGUCUCCGCAUGUAUAUGUUUUUUUUAUUUUAGUCCCUAUAUUGUUUUUUUAAAUAAAAAAAAAAUAUCCC